GUGGACCACCCCCACCCUUGCAAGGCUGCAUGUGAAAAGACAGACUGAUAAGAUGAGACCCACUCUUUCCCACGUGUGGAUUCACUGAUAAGCGUGAUUAUCCACACGCGAUUGGUCAGACACUUGACAAGGCUGCAUGGUGGGGCAACUUUUUGCGAUUUCUCGUCGCCAACCACUUUCGCAACAGAGCUCCGGCUGCCCACGCCAUCACUGAAUCACUAUUUUGGAAGCAAAACUAGCAACGAGCCUCGAAGACCUCCCCAUAUCACUCGAUUUAUUUGUCAUUGAUUCGAGAUCGAGACACAACAGUCACAAUAGUUUGUUACCAAUAUCUCAACAUCGCCUGUUUGAACAAGGUCCGCAAAAGCCAUCUCUUCAUUCCACGCGACCACCACCACUGAACCCUGAUUGAGCGCGCCCGUCUGCCGCAUCCUCCCGCCUCAAUGGCGGCGCCAAAUUCCGAGGCCGACCAGGCCAAGCUCCAGAUCUUCAAAGAUGAGCUUUACGAUACUAUCAGGGAACAUGGCAGCGAAACCCGUGUCUUCAGCCAGGCCGACCUCAAUGGUCUGGGCGUCAUCCCCAACAACGACGUCAGGAUACUUGUCGAUGUCAUUCAGAUGCUCACCAAUGAAAAGCUCCUCAUUGGUGUUCAUUUACCGGGCGGAGAACUGGGUUGGAAAUGGCGAAGCAGAGAGGAUGCCAAGAAGUAUACCUCCCUUCCAGACGAACCGACCAGGCUCGUAUACGGCGAAAUCGACCAAGCCGGCCAAGACGGUGUCUGGAUCCGACACAUCAAGCUCCGAAUCAACAUCCAAGAUGCCACCCUCAAGGCCUGCAUCAAGUUCCUCGAGUCCAAAGGGUUCAUCUCGUCCAUGACCAACGUCGAGAUGCCCAACCGGAAGAUGUACAUCAGAGCCGACCUCAAACCCUCCGAGCGCGCAACCGGCGGUCCUUGGUUCACAGACGGUGAGCUAGACGAGGCCUUUAUUAAAGUCAUCGAAGGUAUCAUUUUCGAGUACAUCAAGACCCGCAGCGCAUACUUUUCCAGGGGCGCGGUCCUCCCUCAAAGACAACCAAAGAAGGGCGUAGUUACCGGGGAUGCCAGAGGUGUCAAGAGAACAGCGACUGACAUCUCCAACGACGACGCGACACCCGCCCCUGCUCCAGCGACAAAGGCUGCCCCUCCACCGCCAAAGGGCAAGCCAAUGUACCUCCCCAUGCCGGCCGGGUACAAGAAAUACCCUACCGUCAACGAUAUUACAGAGUUUAUCCACAACCAAAAGGUCAGCACUGCUAUGCUUGGUGUUGCGGACAUCCAGGCGUUGGUCGACGUGCUGGUAUUUGACGGCCUGAUUGAGCCGAUCCAAGUCCACAAUCGUAAGGGGUACAGGGUGGUGCGGCCAACAAAGCAGGACACAGUGUCGUAUGCCAAGCGGCAGCAGGACCGAGAAUCGCAUCCAGAAUCGGGGGAUAUAGUGUUAGGCCCUCCGCCGCUGAGCAGCGCAGUGACUGAGGCACCGUGCGGUAAAUGCCCGGUGUUUGAACUGUGCCAGGAGGGUGGACCGGUUGCGCCGAGCACGUGUGUUUAUUUUCAGGAGUGGUUGGGCUUGAAAGAGCCUGCUGUUGCUACUGCCAACGGAACGGCUCCACCAUGAGGUCAGCUACGCAUGGGCAAAUUAAUGAAAUUCUGGUAAAUAUUUUAAGCAUGGAGUUAGUGUAGUUUAGUAAUCGGGUACUGAGUUGUAAAUAUAACUGAUCCACCUGGCGGAAGAGCGCGACUUUGUCAUCUCACGAUUCUUGGCAAUUCCGUUGUUAGGGGGCGGAAGCAUUGUUUACCAUCUACUUCAUUCAAAC